UAUAAGAACUGAUAUGAUUAAACUUCAGGAACAAGUGAUUAGUUUACGGGAUCUUGCAAAAAAUCAUGAACGUACAAUUGCACAAAAGAAUAAGGUUAUUAGUGAUUUAACUGAUGAAAUAAAAAGAAUGAAACAUACUAUGCAACUCAAUUUAAAGGUAGAGAAUACUAAAAGAAAAGUAGAUAUUGAGAUACUAGCAACGUGAUUUCUUGAACUACUUGCGUAUCGGUUCUAGCUCACUAAGUUUUGCCUCAGUGAAUGGAGGAGAAAAAUCAACAAGAUGAUUAUUAUCGAAAUAAAAAUUAAAAAAACCAUUCAAAGUUAAAGAUGACUGAAGAGCACUAUUAAUCACGAAACGAUUAAAUACUUACUAUACACUAGAUUUUGAUGUUUAUUAAAAGUCACCAUAUUCAUUUUCUAAACCUUAUAUUACCAGUUUCAUUAAAUGCAAUUCGAUGGAUUUCUCAGCAUUAUCAAUCUGCUUUUCAGUAACCAAACUUAUUUUAGCAAUUACAUCACCAUUAAUGAAAUAUACUACUGAACAACCUGAGUAGUUAGAAAUAUACUCAGACUGAUCUGCAGAUUUCAUCAACUAGAUGAAAGUGAUCCAAGCACCCGACGGCUA